AAGUGAUCUUGCUCUCAAGUUGAUGAAGCUAUCAAAAGCAAGAAAGACCAAGGCAUGGCUAGGCUCUCACACAGCAUAGCGAUUCUUACUAAGUUGCAGGUUUCAUGCAUCUUCAUUUUAUUAACAACUGUAAUUCCAAAUGUGGAGGCUAGAACCCACAAUCUCACAUGGAAGGUGACCUACGACUACAAGUAUCUUGACUGCUUCAAGAAGCUAGCUAUUGCCAUUAAUGGACAGACUCCUGGGCCUCGUAUAAAUGCAACAAGAGGCGAUACCAUUAUCGUUACUGUUCUUAACAAUUUGUUGAUGGAAAAUGUUGCCAUCCACUGGCACGGAAUCCGGCAGCUUGGUAAUGGAUGGAAUGAUGGAACGGAUUCAGUCAAUCAAUGUGCAGCAAUGCCAGGGGGGUACUUCACAUACCAAUUUGUUGUUGACCAGGCAGGCACCUACAUGUACCAUUCGCAUUAUGGAAUGCAAAAAUCAUCUGGGCUCUAUGGAUUGAUUACUGUAAAUCCUCUCCUUGGAGAAGAAACGCCCUACCACUACGAAGAUCGGGAAAUUGUCCUUAGUGAUUGGUACCAUGACUCUGCUUAUGAACAUGCCGUUAAAUUGUCUUCAAAACCAUAUGUCUGGAUUGGAGAGCCUCAGUCCCUUCUGAUUAAUGGAAGAGGGAGGUACCAGUGUGAGCUUCUCGGUGUCUCGAACCGUGAUCAAUGUAAUGGCAGUAGUCCAGAAUGUACUCCAGAUGUGGUGAAAGUAAAGCCUGAGCAAACCUAUCGAUUUAGGAUUGCUUCUUUGACUUCCCUCUCGGCUCUUAGUUUCCAAAUAGAGGGUCAUAAAAUGACUGUUGUUGAGACUGAUGGGGUGCAUGUGGUUCCAUUUGUUACUGAUAACUUGUACAUUUACUCUGGUGAGACAUACUCCGUCUUGGUCACUACCGAUCAAAAUCAUACGAGGAAUUAUGGGAUUAGCAUAAAUGUGAUUGCUCGAAAGCCUGAAACUCCGAAUGGAUUUGCCAUUUUAAACUAUGAACCUAACCCCCUCGAUGCUCAGCCUCUACCGCAGCCACCACCUGGCCCUCUUUGGAACGAUACAGAUUCGCAAAGAAACCAAAGUCUUGCCAUAAAAGGUCUCCAAGGUUAUGUUCCGGCUCCGCCGAGGACAGCAGAUAAAGUACUUCACCUUUUGAACACGCAGAACACCGUCAAUGGCUACAAAGUUUGGGCAGUAAAUAAUGUCUCACAUGCUCUCCCAGAUACACCUUACCUUGUUGCACUCAAGUUAAAUAUACCAGAUGUCUUUGAUCCAACUCCAGCCCCAGAAGACUACGACCAUAGCUAUGAUAUCUAUGAGAUUCCUGAAAACACAAAUGCUACAACUAGCACAUCCAUUUACAGGUUGCCAUUCAAUAAAACAGUGGAUAUUAUACUGCAGAAUGCAAAAAGUAUGGGAGGUGAUAGUGAGACACAUCCUUGGCAUCUCCAUGGACAUAAUUUUUGGGUCUUAGGAUUUGGGAAGGAUAAGUUCAAUCCAUCAACGGCUUCCUUGAACCUGGAAAACCCAAUCAUGAAGAACACAGUGCCACUUUUUCCUUAUGGAUGGACUGCCUUGAGGUUCCGAACUGAUAAUCCAGGAAUAUGGCUUUUCCAUUGCCAUAUUGAGGCUCAUUUCUACCUAGGCAUGUUAGUGUUGUUUGAGUCAGGAUCAGAUAUGGUUACAAAGCCACCACAGCAAAAUAUGGGCUGUGGAAAAACCAAAAACUACAUCAACCCUUAAGGCAUUUGCUUGAGGGUGACAAAUCCUCUACCUGCAUAUG